UCUAAUUUUUUUAGUUAGCUUUCAAAUAUUUCUGUAAUUCCAGUAAAAAUAAGUCGUACUUAUUAUUACAAAGAUAUUAAUUAUUUAUCAGUAUGGAAAAUCGAAAAGUUAAUGCCAUUCCAACUCCAACUAGCAUACAAAAAAAACUUUCGGAGGAAGAGCGUUUUGCAUCUCUUGGCCUACGAACUAUUCCUGCUGAUGACAUUGGUGCAAGUUUCCAAAAUAUUGAAGUGUCUUUAGCUGGAACUUUGCGAAAUGCUUCUAUCGCAGAAACUACCUUCAAUGGCAUGGACAUCAGUGUUAAUAUGGAAAAUACAGGUGAUCAAUCGGAUGUCUUUUCAGUGGAUUCAAUAAGUGAAUGUAGUAGCAUAGUUAUCUAUAGUCCAGAAGACAAUUCUUCAAAUUUAUCAGACAGUUCACUUAUUCAGUCAACGGUUGAAACAAGCUAUAUGGAUGGUUCAUUUCACUUAGUUGAUACUCUCGAUAGUUUUGAAGAAAAACCUAAAGCUAAAAGGCGCUUAAUAUUUUAAAAAUGUAAUUACGCCUUUAUUAAAAUAAAAUGCUAUAUAAUAAAUAGUUAGUAU